AUGAUGCAUUUCCUGACCUACGCGGACAACUUGGCCAUCGGCUAUUUCAAGAAACAGGGUUUUACAAAGGAGAUCACGUUGGAUGACUCGAUUUGGAAGGGGUGUAUAAAAGACUAUGAGGGCGGAACUCUCAUGCAAGAAUGCGUCCAUGCCAAGAUACAGGCUCUUAGUAAGAGUCACGUGGUCCAUCAACCUCCGAAACAGUGGGAGAACGGCGUUGUUCCCAUUGAUCCCCUAUCCAUCGACGCAAUCCGGGCGUCGGGUUGGUCACUUGAUAUGGACGAGCUGACCAGACAAUCGGGUCAUGGCCCGAACUAUAAGCAGCUGCUACAUCUCCUAAAUAACUUGCAGAACCAUCAAUCAUCGUGGCCAUUCUCGCAGCCUGUCAGCCAGGACGACGUCGCCGACUAUUAUGAAGUCAUCAAGGAACCAAUGGACCUCAGUACUAUGGAGGCCAAGCUGGAAGCGGAGCAGUACAUGACACCUGAAGAUUUCAUCAAAGACGCCCAGCUCAUCUUCGGCAACUGUCGGCAAUUCAAUGGCGAGCAUUCGCUGUAUGUGAAGUGUACCAACAAGUUGGAGAAGUAUAUGUGGCAGCAGAUACGCACGAUCCCGGAAUGGUCACAUUUGGAGUAG